GACAGGAGCCAGCUCAGCCCUCAUGGAAGGAAGACGGGCUUCCACUCCACCUGUAAUGCAGGGAGGAGAGUUGGCUAAUUCUUCUUCCAUUCUAGUGUCAGCAACACCACCCCCAGUCACUCAGUUCCAAGCCAGAUGUGAAACUAGAAUGCAACUUAUCCAUGAGGAGGAGAUCUGCAAGUUGCCAGGCAGACUCAGAAUUCAGCCUUCACUGUGGAGUAAGGAGGAUGUGAUUCACUGGCUAAGAUGGGCUGAACAGGAGUACUCCCUCCCACAGACAAUGGAGCACAAGUUUGAAAUGAAUGGGAAGGCCCUCUGCAUCCUGACCAAAGAUGAUUUCAGAUACCGAGCUCCCGGUUCAGGUGAUGUCUUGUAUGAGCUUCUUCAGUAUAUUAAGACCCAGAGGAGAGCCCUGGUCUGCGGACCCCUCUUCAACACGCCAUUCAAGCCUGUGAUCCCCUUCCAGCAGCAUCUCUGUCCUCUGGAAGGGGAGAACAGCCCCUUAAAACUUACCUCUCAAGGGAGUCUCCUGGCACCCCAACAGAAUGAAGUGUCCAGCAACACCCCUGGCCAGCUGGAUCCUGCCUUUCUGCCAAGGAGGGCUUUCUUCAGAGAACAGCCGCUCAAUCUCUUGCACACGUCAGAGGUCAGCUAUCAGGCAGAGGUCAUUUGUUCCUUUCACAGAACAAAGCAAGACUCUAUUGAUGGAAAACUUGCAGAUUGUCGCUUGCUAUGGGACUAUGUGUAUCAGCUGCUCUCUGACAGCAGGUAUGAAUCUUACAUCAGGUGGGAAGACAAGGACUCCAAGAUUUUCCGGGUGGUUGACCCAAACGGACUUGCCAGGCUCUGGGGAAAUCACAAGAACCGGGUGAACAUGACCUAUGAGAAGAUGUCAAGGGCUCUCCGGCACUACUACAAACUGAAAAUCAUCAAAAAGGAGCCAGGCCAGAAACUUUUGUUCAGAUUCCUGAAAACUCCUGAUGAGAUUGUUCACGACAAAGCCAGCAGGUUGGAGCAGCUGGAACGUCAGGAUCAGGAAGGACUGGAUUUUAAGGAGGAGGUAUUAGAAGUCUCACCCUAAGGGACAGCUGACAGGCAGGGAUGCAUCUCUCUGAUCUAGAAGAGGGUUUUGUACUGGAAAAGGAGGAGAGAGAGGAGGAGGAGGGGGAAGCAGACCACUUGCCCUUCCCUCCAGACUUGGAGAAGCCAGAGAUUCCGGAGGAAGGGUGUGCGUGGGGGCUGGAGGAGGAAAAAGAAGAAUCCUUCAAGUGCUCUUCAGAGGAUUCACAUGCAGGCCUCAAAUCUGGACUUGGAUCAAGGUCAACCCAAGGCCAAAUGAUGGCAGAGGACAAGAUGGAGGUGCCCUUGCCCCUGCCGACUCUCUCCUUAAAUGUCCCUUUGGACAAUUGUACAGAACUGGGUCCUGUUUCUUCAGACACUUUCUAACAGCAGUCACCUGAUCACUA